AUGGGGACUUGUCAGUUUGAAACAACAAGAUAUGUUGUGUCUGAACUGCUUGACGACCCAGGAAACUGUAGGCGGUACAUUGACCUGGAGCAGAGUCUGUAUCACCAGAGUGAGUCUCUCUUGAGUGAGCAGCAGGAGCUGAGGGAUGCCUUGAAGUGGGCAGAGGGAUUCCUCCAGGGUCCGGCGGGAUCUCACAGUGAAUUCUGCAGCGCUGAAUACGUCUGUUCCACUGUGAUCAAUGACAGAGCAUACGUGACUGUAGAGAAUUCAGAGAGCGAUCCUCUCCGCCCGUCCUCGUGCUCCUCGGUGAAAGAUGAGGAAACUUGGCUGGGGAGCAGAGAAACUGAAAACAUGAGAAGUCUGAAGCUGCAGCACACCAACAAUAAACAAACCCUGUGCCAAGUCAACUGCAGUGUAUUUUGCACGUUAAUCCUGUGUUUUGAUUGUUGCAUCCGUCAGCGUGCAGGUGUCCCCGACUGUAACCGCUGGAUGUGUUUGCCUGAUGAGGUGUGGCUGUCCAUCCUGUCUCUCGUGCCUCACCGGGAUUUGUGCAGAGUGCUGCGGGUCUGCCGCCGCCUGCGCUCGCUGGCUGACGAUCACACGCUCUGGAGAAAUCUAAGGGUUGAAAACUCUGACCUAAAUGAGGAGUGGUUGCUUCACGCGGGCCGACGCUGUCCUCGGACUCUGUGUCUGUACAGCUGCAGCAGCCUGUCCGUCUCCUCCUCUGCGCUGGAGCAGUUUUUCUCUCUGUGCAGGAACUCACUGCAGGAGCUCAAGGUCACGAGUUGUGUUGGUGCUGGUCUGCAUGGCGACCAGGUGCUGGCUCUGAUUGGUCAGCUGUGUGACCAUGUGACAAGUGUGGAUGUGAGCUGGAGUGGAGCAACAGACUCAGGGCUGAAAGCUCUGAUUGACAGUAGUCAGAGGGCAACACUGAGAUCUGUAGUGCUGAAUGGCUGCCAUAUCACCGAUGUCCCACUGAAGAAGCUCAUCAUGAAGCACCAUGAAAGCCUGCGCAGGUUGGAAGUGUUUGGCUGUCAUUUCCUCUCUCCAUCCUGCCUGCAGACGUUAUAUGAGAUGUGUCCUUGCCUUCAGCAUCUAAACAUUGGACGUGUCCCGAAAGUCCACAUGCACAGCUUUACAGCGAUGGCGUCUCAGCUGAAAUGUCUCAUUUCACUGAAUCUCACUGGGCUGCAGGUGGUCAAUGAUGCCUCAGUGGACAGUUUGCUCCAGAACUGUGUCAAGCUUGAGUGUUUGAACCUGAGUUCCUGUCCUGCAGUCACCGACGUGACGCUGCACAACAUCAGCAAGCACACACCCAGUAUCAGAUCGCUUGGUUUGAGUGGCUGUGCAGCAGUAACAGAUGCAGGCAUUCAGUCUUUAGCUCUGGGCUGCAGACGACUUCAGCAGCUGGAUCUCAGCUCCACCCGAACCGGAAACAGAGGGGUUUCUCUACUGGCAAAUUACUGCAGUUCACAUCUUCACACUGUCAAACUCAGCUUCUGCCACGUCACCUCAGAAUUUAUUCUGAAGCUUUGCAGAAACUGCAAGAGGUUGAGCGUGCUUCACCUGUACGGCUGCGUUCGUCCACCCACAGAAAUACAGAUCAGUAACAUGAACAGCACCGUUAAAGUUUUCCCUCCACACUGA